AUUGAGAUACAGGCAAGUUCGACUCGGGUCGCUCUCGCGAACUUCUCUCAACUCUAAACACAAAUAGUUGAUAGUCGCUCGGUAAGCUUCGGUUCUCGGUGUCUGUCGUCGUUUACAUACAACACGCAACACACCGUGUGCGAACUAAAAUACACAAUUAGACUACAACAACGCAGUAUACUUACAGUGUCGCGUGGAUUACAAUACACGCAUUUCGCGUUCGAUUCGCCGCCGCGACCGAGAAGACGAAGAAGAAGGAAAAAAACAGGCAGCCAACUAGAGCUCUGUGUGGACUGUCGUUCGUCGAACGUCGGUUACGUGUGUCCCUGCAGCCGUUGUUCUGUCUUUUGCACAUACGCGGAUUUGCGUACAUUAUAAUAAACAUUUGAAGACAAGCUCGCGAUUGAGCAAGUGCAUCGCAACUCGCGCCCACCCCGCCUGUGUGUGUGUGAGUGUCGAACAUUUUGUGCAAAAACUACAUAGACAUUUUCGGUUGGUGACACAAAUCAUUAUCGCUCGGAAUAUCAUCUUUCGAUCAUUGACAGGUAUAUUACGGUACAGUUCUACAGCAACAGCAAUACGAGGAGAAACCCAAGAAGCUAAAGAAGUCCAAAGAUUCUCUCGAUUACGACUUGAGAAUUUCGGUGCUUUCUACUUCAGUGUAUUCAUCACGAUUGGCAUCGUGCUUGCUAACCGGCAAACGCUCCUCGAACACGUCGCAAGACUAGGAAUUCCGUUCUUGUUGCUGCUUUUGACAACCGUGGCAAACGAUCAUGCUUGUCCAAGAAGCUCAACUUCUAAGGUGGAGUUUGCCAGCGUUCGCCCUGAUCGUCGGACUAUAUUGGUUCAAGCGUCGUCGAAUCGACCGAGCUGAUCCAGGCGGUACUAUCAGCACCAGCGAGUGCCAAGAAGAACAGGACUCGACCAAACGUGAAAGUACUCCGAUUACCUCGACGCCCUCGGCUCCUUGCAGUGCUCAAAAAUCCUCUGACUCCGGUAUACACACCGACGACUCUUUCGAUUCCCCAAAGAACUCACUUGACGCAAUCGAGCAGAUACUUCCUCUGCGCAAAGUGAGCUCAUCCAUGGACAUACCAAAUCGCAAAUCCUCAGCCUCUCAGUGCGCUUCGAUCUUGUCUCACGCAUCAAUGGAACUCAACAAUUCGUAUUGGAACGAGGAUGACACUCCGGUAGAAGAGAGCAUCUACGGCAGCAGACCGAGUGAGAAUAAUGGCUUCGAUUUGUUGGCAAAGUGUCAAUUGCCCAACGGAUUGAACAAUUCAACAGGCUCGGUCAUCAAAGAAGAAGAGGUCAUCAGUGACAGCGAUUCUGUCAAAAUCAUCGUUCCGGUUGGCAAGCCUGAAAUACACGAGUUUCAGGAUUCAGCAGAUAAAACUGAAUCGCAGGCCCUAAACAAGCCUGAAGAAGCUGAAAAAUCGGAUAAAGUUGAGCCAAGUAUUGAAAAACAAACAGCUGAAGACAGUGAAAAAACAGAAGCUGCCGAAGCGACUGAAAAAGCUGAGGAGACUGAGGAAGUCAAAGUUGUCGAAGUGAAUGAAAACACCGAAGAAACUAAAGAAGCCGAUGCUGCUGAAAUCGAGGAAAUUCAAAGAGCAGAAGAUGCAUCACAAAACGAAAAUGGUGCUGCUAAGACCCCGAUUAUAAUUGUCACAACGGAGCGCGAUUCGGCCAAUCAUAGUCCAGUUUCAGGGGCUCUUGAUGGUAGCAGCGACGCCAACGAUGAUAUUGAAAGCGAAGGUAGCAAUGACAGCGGCAGAGGGGGUAGCAUUAAAGAAAAUAAGAAAAGUCUGGAAAAAAGAGUCUUCAUUUUCCAAGUACCUCUGGAAUUAGUUGGACGACUCAUUGGUCGCGGUGGCGUAUUCCUUAAAGAAGUUCGCAGAGAAUGCAAUGUCAGUAUGGUGAUCAGACAAACAAACAAUGACACUGAAUACAGAAUGUGCAGUUUAUGUGGAACACCUCAACAAAUCGAAAAUGCACUCCUUAAAAUCAGAAAAUACUUCCCAUUAGAUCAUUAUCCUAAUUUCACGAUGGAGCAGUGCCUUCCCAUCGACCCGAAAAAACCCGAAAACUGCUUGCCGUGUAUGUUAUUGCCACAAAUGACUGAAUUGAGCCUUGUCGAAGGUAUUACUAACGAUGUCGUUGUGUGCCACAUCGUUGCACCUAAUCAUCUGUUUCUUCAAAUGCCAACACAUCCAACGUUCCCAGCUCUGCGAUCCCUCGAUCAGCAAAUUAACAAAGUCUACAAUACUAGCGAAGCACCAGCAGCGCCAAAAGAACUUGAACCUAACAUGGUCUUAGUUGCUAAAGUUAACGGUAGAUGGGUCAGAGUGAUAGUAGUUGAAGUAAAUCCAGAUAAUUCAUGUCGUGCUCGUAUUGUUGAUUUUGGCGGAUUUGCAUACUUCCAAAAUGAUGAAUUGAAGGCAAUGCGUUCCGAUUUUGCCGCGUUGCCUUGUCAGGCAAUUGAAGUUUUUCUAGCCAACGUCGUCCCCAAAAAUGGUGAAUGGAAACAGGAAGCAUACGAUAUCGUUUCGACAAUUACUUCCAACAGUAUAGGCUAUGCACACAUUGCAGCUUACAUGCAACACUACACUCUGGUCAAUUUAUAUUACGACUUCAAUAGACAAGUGGUCAUUUCGUUAGGUGAUGAAUUAGUCGCUCGAGGACUUGCAGACACAACUCCCUCAUAUGUUAGCGCAUGAAAAAUGUAA